AUGCACAACUUCAUCCCUCUGCAGAAUCCAAAUGAGGAAGUUUACUUAGUGAGGGAUCUGAGUCAGUCCUCCUCUAUCCCAUAAUCCCUCACACGCCUAAUGACUAACGGCAUUCUGCAGCUGAUAUCAGGGUAUUAAUAAUAUCAAAAGUAUGUCUCACUCUGUCUCGACUCAAAAUGGGACGACUGAGUCGGCCAAUACCAAAAAUAGCUUAAUCGUGUCCUACAAUAUUGUCAUUUGUCAUUUUUAUGAAAUAGUCUAGUUGUUUUCCCAUUAAAAAAUAAAAUAAAAAAUUGAUCAUCAUGAAAACAACAUGAAACACUAGCCUGUUUGUGUAGGGUUUUCUGUGGGUCUUUUGUGGGAGUUUCUUGUCGUGACCCAGGGAGACCCAGCUUUGAGGUUGUGGGUUGAGUUCAUUCAGAGUACUAGACACUCUGAGCCUUAGACCACUGAAGUGGGUAUAGGCUCUCCUUCACGUGAUGGUGCUUAGGAAAUGUAGUGGUAUGUGUAGAGAUUAAGAUGUCCGCUACUCUUCCUUCCUCCUCGCAGUACGAUGAGGUCCAGGGGUUUAAACUGUCUACAAGAGGAGAGAGAGUUUUGAUCGGGUCAUGGUUCGUUACGCCCUAAACGUUCUGCAAAUGUUAUUGAUAAAGGAAAAGAAAGACAGACACUCAUUCUUUCUUCCCUCUCGCUCUCUCCUCUCUCCCUCUCCUCUCUCUCUCUCUGCUUUUUGGAAACCGCUUGUCUGUGUGACAGGUGUUUCUAUCAGCGUCUGUGUGUAGUAGAACAAUGGUCUCUCCCUGACCCCUAGCUCCUGUUUGUGACCAGCCCUGCCCCCUCAGGCACCGUAGGAGGCGGUGUGUGUGUGUGUGUGUGUGUGUGUGUGUGUGUGUGUGGACCACAGACAAAGAGAUUAGGAGAGUAGGCCUGUGGAAUUCCUUUCUCUCAUCUGUCAGUGGCCAACACGUACGUACACACACACACACACACACCAGCUGAGCCGUGUUUUCCCAGCAGCCCCGGUUUAUACUUUCCUGCCCCAGCUGUUAGUCUUCACUUCCUCGUUGCUGUUUCCUUAGUUAUUUUCCCUCUUUUUUUUCCCCAGAAAGUUUUGGUCUCUUUAUCUCCCAUCCACGUUCCUCAGAUAGGGAGUGGAGACUGUCGUCUGCUAGGCUGUUGUACUUCCCCUCAUAACUCUUUAAUCUCUCUUCUCUCUCCCACCAUCUCUCGCUCUCCCACUCUCCCCUCUGUCCCCCUCUCUCUCUCUCCCCUGUCUCUCUCUCUCCCCUGUCUCUCUCUCUCCCUGUCUCUCUCUCCUCCUGUCUCUCUCUCUCCCUGUCUCUCUCUCUCCCCUGUCUCCUCCUCUCUCCCCUGCCUGUCUCUCUCCCUCUGUCCCCCUGUCUCUCUUCCCCUGUCUCUCUCCCUCUGUCCCCCCUGGUCUCUCUCCCCCUGUCUCUCUCUCUCUCCCCUGUCUCUCCUCUCUCUCCCCUCUCUCCUCUCUCCCCUGUCUCUCUCUCUCCCCUGUCUCUCUCUCUCCCCUGUCUCUCUCUCUCCCCUGUCUCUCUCUCUCCCCUGUCUCUCUCUCUCCCCUGUCUCUCUCUCUCCCCUCUCCCCUGUCUCUCCUCUCUCUCCCCUGUCUCUCUCUCUCUCCCCUGUCUCUCUCCCCUGUCUCUCUCUCUCCCCCUCUCCCCUCUCCCCUCUCCCCUGUCUCUCUCCCUCCCACGCUCCCCUCUGUCCCCCUGUCUCUCUCCCUCCCCUCUCCCUCUGUAGAGGUGUAGUGGUUGGGCCUGUCUGCUCUUCAGACUCCAGUGAGGAUGAAGAGGUUUAGGAGACAUGGCCAGGAGUCCCACAGAGAUCGGAUCAAACAGGAGCUCUAUGGGUUCAACAAGGUAAGAGCCGGAACACAGUCAAUCUGAUCUCUAAUUUCUACAAUAAGGCUAUGAUCCCAAUUCCAGACAAUUGUCAGCUGAUUUGGCCUGCCAGUUUCUAUAACCUCUCAAUUCAAUUCAAAGGGCUUUAUUGGCAUGGGAAACAUAUGUUUACAUUGUUAAAUAGAUAAUAAACAUAAGUGAAAUAAACAAUCCUGAAUAACGGGUAAAUAUUACUCACACAAGUUUCAAAGGAAUAGACAAUUCAAAUGUCAUUAUGUGUCUAUAUACAGUGUUGUAACAAUGUGCACAUAGUUGAAGUACAAAAGGGAACAUAAAUAAACAUAAAUAUGGGUUGUAUAUAAAAUGAUGGCACACUGUGGUAUUUCACCCAGUAGAUAAGGGAGUCUCUCUCUCUCUCUCUCUCUCUCUCCCCCCCCCCCCCCCCCCCCAUCAGACGGUGGAGCAUGGUUUUCCCCACCAGCCCAGUGCGCUGGUCUUCAGCCCCAGUCUACAGCUCCUGGCCAUCGGCACACGCUCCGGAGCCAUCAAACUGUAUCCUUCAAUAGACACACACACAGGGAAGGGUCUGGCUGGCUGUGUAAGAGUGUCAAAACAUUUCAACCAGUUGGUCUCAGAGUUGCCCUCUACUUUAGCUGUCUGUGGUUAGUGUGUGCAUUUGUGGUUAGUGAGUACAUGUGGAGUUAUCUUAUUUUCCCAGGGUAUUACUCAGCCCUGACUGUACCAGACAGUUGGGGUGUGUGUGUGUGUGUCUGUCUGUGUAUCUCUGUUUUUAGUGAGUUUUGUUUAAUCUGACACAAUCCUGCUCAUUGACAGUGUGGAACCAGUCUGUACACUCUCCCCAUUCAUUCCCUAUGAUAACCCUUGUCUCCGUCAUUAUAACUCUCCAGUCACACAAUGGGGCAAAUUGUUCUGUUCUAACACAAAACAGAAAUUCUAUGAAUAAUGUAUUAUUAGCCAAUGGCAGGGCAGCCAGAUAAGACAAAGAAAGAGAAAACAGACAAUCUCUUUCUCUAGAUGGACCCUUUCAAUACAGUGUAGUAAAAUGAAAAACCUGUGUGUGUGUGUGUGUGUGUAGCAUGCUUCAGGUGUGUGUACAGGAAGUGUGUGUUCUUUAACCCAUGGUAAGUUAUGGGGCUCCAGGUGUAGAGUUCAUGGGUCUACAUGACGAGAAUGCUGCCGUCACACAGGUCCACUUCUUACCACAGCAGGUGAGUGGCUGCUCCACACACACACACACACACACACACACACCUACCUACAGGCCUGAAGAGUGCUGUGGCAACCCCUUAUCUCAUGCUCCAUUCACACCUGUUACUGAAAAUAAAUAACUUGAAUCCAAUAUGUGGACAGGGCUCUAAAGGGCAUCCAUUUUGGUCACAUAUGUUCCUAGAUAUUUUUUGUUGUUCAACCUGACAAUUUAUUUUGGGAGCACCAGUGCAGAUAAUAACAGUUGUAAUGAUAGGCUUCACUGGGAAGUUGUUUCUGAGUGCCCUAGAGGAAAAAGCGAGCGACGGUUCGAUCAAUCCAAAGAAUAUCAAAGAACUCAUCAGUGAUUUUUGUAUUUCUUGCAACUUUAUGAAGACGUGACGGCAUGGGAAUGCCUGUGUCUACCACUUUGUGUAGUCAGCCAGUCAUUUCUAAAGGCUUUCCCAUAAAGUAGACUUACCUGGCAGAAUGAUAUGAUAUCAUGAUGGUUUUUAUCAAUCCGGUGUCUUUUGUUUAGCUAACUCUGCUAUUGCUCAUGCAGUACAGAAACACCGCCAGCCAAACACCGGUCUCUUGAGGUGCCCCUCAAUAGUUUCCCCGUUUAAUUUAAAAUUAACGGGGGAAACUAUACCCUCCGAAAAAUUAUCUUCCCCAGACCUCAAAAGUGUUCUCCUGAUAUGGUUUAAGCAUUGUUGUGGACUUAGAACAUCCAAUUUGGUGGUUUUUCAAUCAAAAAAUGUAAUAAAUGUAUAUGGUUUUGAGAGUGUGAACCUGAGGGGGGGAAAAAACUAGGAGAAAUCACAAACCUGGAAAAAGAAAAGUUAGAAAGCCGAAAGUUUUUUUGUUUAUUAUGGAAAACAAAUGUAUUGGCUGGUAAGAAUGACUUUUAUUCAUCGAUCUGCUACAGUGGCUGGUGGAGCUAAAAGUUAGUUCUUAGGCCCUGUUCAUAAACCAUGUCGCGGGUCAUUUCAAAAUCACUCACAGGCAUUUGUUUACACCUUGUUCAUUCAUGUUAUCUCAAUAGCUAGCUAGCUAACAACCUGGUUACUUUACCAGUAUAUCUAAACAUCUGGGGGCACUGAAAGAAAAGGGAUAGCUUCUUUAGAAGAUCAAUGAUCGUAGGAAUGAAUGACUGAUCUCUUGCAUGUCGUCACUCACUAACUUGAGGCUCUUAAAGAGACAGUGUAGAAUGUUCAAUGUAAUGCAUCUCAGUAGGUGGUACUGAUGUAGAAACCUAAUAUUCCACAUAUGACUAAUUUCAUUGACAGGUUUUUGUAUCAACAUUUUAGCUUUUUAUAAUAAACAAAUGUCUUUAGAGCACAACGUGCUUCAAACGUAGCUAGAAUUCAUAUUGGCCCGAUAUGCUAUAUCUCAAUCAAUUAACCAAAUAUUCUGGUGCUCCUAAAUGUUAUAUUGUGCUCCUAAUUUUUUAAGUUAUGAAAAAAUGUUAAUGUAGAGCCCUGUAUGUGGAUGUGAUGGCUAUGUGCUCCUAUUACUGGUCCUGUUGACAUUGCUGAAAAUGUUAGUACUAAAGCUGUGGCUAACAUCCCCCUAACGUCCCAGUAACGUCCCCCUAACGUCCCAGUAACGUCCCCCUAACGUCCUAGUAACGUCCCCCUAACGUCCCAGUAACGUCCCAGUAACAUUCCCCUAACGUCCUAGUAACGUCCCCCUAACGUCCUAGUAACGUCCCCCCUAACGUCCCAACAAUAUCCCAAUAACGUCCUCCUAAAGUCCCAAUAACGUCCCGGGUUGGUCUGUGUUGAAUAGGUUGAGUUGGUGACUCUGUUGGAUGACAACAGUCUCCACAUGUGGACCCUCAGAGCUCACCAAGGAGUCUCUGAGCUGUUGGAGAUAGGACGCUUCACACUCACUGGACCACCGGGGUGAGACACAUACACACACACACACUACACCCCACCACUUCCUGACUUGAUUUCUCUCCUACCCCCUCUCAAUCUUGCUUUCUAUUUCUCACACAUUCGAACUCAUUGGAUCGCCAUGGUAACAGACUCACUGAGUGACAUGCACAGAACUAGAUAGAAAAUAUAUUUCUAUGGUGACAUGCACACAUUCAAUGGCAAACAUGGAUGCACCUUAAAUAGUAUUUUUAUUAUUAACCCCCCCCCCCCCCCCCCCCCCCCCUUCAUAGGACGCACCUUUUUGGUUUUUACUGCUUUUCUGCUACAUAUACAGUACCAGUCAAAAGUUUGUACACACCUACUCAUUCAAGGGUUUUUCUUUAUUUUUUACUAUUUUCUACAUUGUAGAAUAAUAGUGAAGACAUCAAAACUAUGAAAUAACACAUAUGGAAUCAUGUAGUAACCAAAAAAGUGUUAAACUAAUCAAAAUAUAUAUUUUUUGAGAUUCUUCAAAAUAGCCAUCCUUUGCCUUGAUGACAGCUUUGCACACUCUUGGCAUUCUCUCAAUCAGCUUCACCUGAAAUGCUGUCAAGGCAAAGGAUGGCUAUUUUGAAGAAUCUCAUAAAAUAUAUAUUUUGAUUAGUUUAUUUUAUGAGAUUCUUCAAAAUAGCCAUCCUUUGCCUUGAUGACAGCUUUGCACACUCUUGGCAUUCUCUCAAUCAGCUUCACCUGAAAUGCUGUCAUCAAGGCAAAGGAUGGCUAUUUUGAAGAAUCUCAUAAAAUAUAUAUUUUGAUUAGUUUAACACUUUUUUGGUUACUACAUGAUUACAUAUGUGUUAUUUCAUAGUUUUGAUGUCUUCACUAUUAUUCUACGAUGUAGAAAAUAGUAAAAAAAUAAAGGAAAAACCCUGAAAUGGGUAGAUGUGUCCAAACUUUUGACUGGUACUGCAUAUACAUUUUCCAUACGUGUUAUUUUUAUAUACAGCAUUAACAAUAACAUCAACAUUACCGAACAUGAGCUUUUUUAAUGCCACUCUCAGCCCAUCCCACCUAUCACCAUAGACCACCCUCGUUUGGUUUCCUUGUGCCAUAUAUUUUUCAAUUGUGCUGUGAUGUUUUACAUGAAUUUUGAACCUUUCUAAUCGCAUAGUAUCCAGAUUGUGAGCUAAAGAUGGAAACAUUUCCUACAAGUGUUUAUUAUAUUAUUGAUUGAUUGCCUGUGGCUUUGCAAAUCGCCCAACAUUGUAAUUUGUAAGGUCAAUUUUAAGUGAAUGUUAUGAAUUAUUUUUCACCAUUCCUGAACCUGUGACCAGAAAGGUUCACAAGGUUUUCACACACUGUUGCUGGUAUUUUGGCCCAUUCCUCCAUGCAGAUCUCCUCUAGAGCAGUGAUGUUUUGGGGCUGUCGCUGGGCAACACAGACUUUCAACUCCCUCCAAAGAUUUUCUAUGGGGUUGAGAUCUGGAGACUGGCUAGGCCACUCCAGGACCUUGAAAUGCUUCUUAUGAAGCCACUCCUUCGUUGCCUGGGCGGUGUGUUUGGGAUCAUUGCCAUGCUGAAAGACCCAGCCACGUUUCAUCUUCAAUGCCCUUGCUGAUGGAAGGAGGUUUUCACUCAAAAUCUCACGAUACAUGGCCCCAUUCAUUCUUUCCUUUACACGGAUCAGUCGUCCUGGUCCCUUUGCAGAAAAACAGCCCCAAAGCAUGAUGUUUCCACCCCCAUGCUUCACACUAGGUAUGGUGUUCUUUGGAUGCAACUCAGCAUUCUUUGUCCUCCAAACACUACAAGUUGGUUUGGUUUCAUCUGACCAUAUGACAUUCUCCCAAUCGUCUUUUGGAUCAUCCAAAUGCACUCUAGCAAACUUCAGACGGGCCUGGACAUGUACUGGCUUAAGCAUGGGGACACGUCUGGCACUGCAGGAUUUGAGUCCCUGGCGGCGUAGUGUGUUACUGAUGGUAGGCUUUGUUACUUUGGUCCCAGCCCUCUGCAGGUCAUUCACUAGGUCCCCCUGUGUGGUUCUGGGAUUUUUGCUCACCGUUCUUGUGAUCAUUUUGACCCCACGGGGUGAGAUCUUGCGUGGAGCCCCAGAUCGAGGGAGAUUAUCAGUGGUCUUGUAUGUCUUCCAUUUCCUAAUAAUUGCUCCCACAGUUGAUUUCUUCAAACCAAGCUGCUUACCUAUUGCAGAUUCAGUCUUCCCAGCCUGGUGUAGGUCUACAAUUUUGUUUCUGGUGUCCUUUGACAGCUCUUUGGUCUUGGCCAUAGUGGAGUUUGGAGUGUGACUGUUUGAGGUUGUGGACAGGUGUCUUUUAUACUGAUGACCGUAGGGGCAAUACCAGAAUAAAUGAUCUCGUGAUUCUCUCUUCGCAGCAAAAUCUACAGAGCAGAGAUUGUUGUAUGCCCCAUAUACAGAGCAUUCUACAGAGCAGAGAUUGUUGUAUGCCCCAUAUACAGUGCAUUCGAAAAGUAUUCAGGCCCUUUUACUUUUUCCACAUUUUGUUAUGUUACAGCCUUAUUCUCAAAUGUAUUCAAUUCAAUAUUUUCCUCAUCAAUCUACACACAAUACCAUAUAGUGACAAAACAAAAACAGGUUUUUAAAAUGUUUAGCAAAUGAAUAAAUAAAAAACAUGCCUUAUUUACAUAAGUAUUCAGACCCUUUGCUAUGAGACUCAACAUUGAGCUCAGGUGCAUCCUGUUCCCAUUGAUCAUCCUUGAGAUGUUUCUACAACUUGAUUGGAGUCCACCUGUGGUAAAUUCAGUUGAUUGGACAUGAUUUGGAAAGGCGCACACCUGUCUAAUAUAAGGUCCCACAGUUGACAGUGCAUUUAGAGCAAAAACCAAGCCAUGAGGUCGAAGGAAUUUUUCUGAGAGCUCCGAGACAGGAUUGUGGGGAAGGGUACCAAAAGAUUUCUGCAGCUUUGAAGGUCCCCAAGAACACAGUGGCCUCCAUCAUUCUUCAAUGGAAGAAGUUUGGAACCACCAAGACUCUUCCUAGAGCUGGCCUUCCAGCCAAACUGAGCAAUCUGGGGAGAAGGGCCUUGGUCAGGGAGGUGACCAAGAACCCGAUGGUCACUCUGACAGAGCUCCAGAGUUCCUCUGUGGAUAUGGGAGAACCUUCCAGAAGGACAACCAUCUCUGCAGCACUCCACCAAUCAGGCAUUUAUGGUAGAGUGGCCAGACGGAAGCUUCUCUUCAGUAAAAGGCACAUGACAGCACGCUUGGAGUUUGCCAAAAGGCACCUAAAGACUCUCAGACCAUGAGAAACAAGAUUCUCUUGUCUGAUGAAACCAAGAUUGAACUCUUUGAACUGAAUGCCAAGCGUCACGUCCGGAGGAAACUUGAAAACCGUCCCUACGGUGAUGCAUGGGGGUGGCAGCAUUAUGAUCUGGGGAUGUUUUUCAGCGGCAGGGACUGGGAGACUAGUCAGGAUCAAGGGAAAGAUGAACGGAGCAAAGUACAGAGAGAUCCUUGAUGAAAACCUGCUCCAGAGCGCUCAGACUGGGGCGAACGUUACACCUUCCAACAGGACAACGACCCUAAGUAUGCAGCCAAGAAAACGCAGGAGUGGCUUCGGGACCUGAAAAUAGCAGUGCAGCAACGCUCUCCAUCCAACCUGACAGAGCUUAAGAGGAUCUGCAGAGAAGAAUGGGAGAAACUCCCCAAAUACAGAUGUGCCAAGCUUUUAGCGUCAUACCCAAGAAGACUCAAGGCUUUAAUUGCUGCCAAAGGUGCUUCAACAAAGUACUGAGUAAAGGGUCUGAAUAAUUAUGUAAAUGUGAUAUUUCAGGUUUUUCUAUUCUAUAAAUUUGCAAAAAUGUCUAAACCUGUUUUUGCUUGGUUAAUAUGGGGUAUUGUGUGUAGAUUGAGAUUUUUAAAAUAUAUUUUUUAAUCAAUUUUAGUAUCAGGCUGUAACGUAACAAUGUGGAAAAAGUAAAGGGGGUCUGAACACUUUCCGAAUGCACUGUAUAACAGAUUUUAAGUCCUAAUAUACCCCGAUAUCUGCAAUCAGGCCAUAUCAUAUCAAACAAAACAAAAAAACUUGGUAUUUCUAAUUCACUGCCUGUGCAAUCUUCAAAUUAAAUAGCCAAACAAAAAUCUAAAAAUUCAGCCUUACCCAUCUUCACCUUCCCUGAAUCAAAACCAGAUGUUUAAGGUCAUGUAGUCCAAGGUUCCAUAUUGCCUAAAUAAAAAGGAUAAGUACCCAUUUCGCAUUUCCCAGAAGUCAACGGUUCCGUACUGCACGAGAGAAGAAAGAAUGUCCAUGCAUAACAUUUUAAAAAUAUGUUUUUUUAUUUUUUAUUAAUCCAUAAUUGUAAUGUAGUACAAUGUGUAUCGGGGAUUACUUCAGCUACCUCCUGCUAUCACUCGCAGCCAUGUUGUCAUCUUCGAGUCCUUGAACAUUUGGUUGUUUGCGUACAAUUUUAUCGACCAAUUGAUGAACAUUCUGCUUCUCUGCUCGGAGCCUUUUGAAAGUGGGGUGCAGGGCACGUCGUCUCCACUAUUUCAUGGGGAAAUUGUUCAUUAAUAGAGAACAGGGUGUUCUUCAGUUCCCUACCCUGUUGUUGUAACAAGGCAAUCUUCAUUUUGUAGUGAGUUAGCAUAGCUACUAUCAGACGGGGCUUUCCCUCCCCUUCAUUUUGUAGUGAGUUAGCAUAGCUACUAUCAGACGGGGCUUUCCCUCCCCUCAAACGGUGAGCUCUUUGAAAAUCAAUUGUAUCCAGCUGUUCGUCCGUCAAUUUGAGAUUAUGUUUCAUGAACCCCCUUGACUUUUUCCUCCGUUGACUGAUAGUUGUCCUCCUCCUUUAUUCCCAUUGUAACAAUAUUAUUAUUCAUACUUCUGCACUUUAGAUCAAAUCAUUCUGCUUUCAUUGUUUUAUUUUCAUACCGUAUCCUCUCCGUAGUGUCUUUUAGGGAGUCCACGGUAGUUUUCAAUAUCUUCUUUUCAGCUUGUAUUUCUUCCAUUUUAUUACUGUAAUCAUUCCUGUUUUUAAGGCCUCAACCUCCCCCAGUAGCCCAGGCAAUGGAUCCAGCUCUUUUAACUGCUCGCUUUUUAAAACUUUGUCUUUGCCAGAUUCAACCUGUUAACUUCAUCUCAUCCCUCCCUCUUUCCCUCUCUUUCUCAUUCCCUCCGUCAGUGCUCCCCCCAGUGUAACUCGGGUGACGGCAGUGCUAGCCCACUCCUCUGGGAAGCUGCUGUUUCUGGGAACAGAGGGAGGCCACGUGUUCGUAGUGGAGGUACCGGGCUUCAGAGAACUAGAGGAGAAGAACAUCAGCCUGGAGAACGUCACCAACAGGUACACGCACACCCCCCACACUAGGGUAAUUUACCCCCCACACUAGGGUAGGUUACACCCCACACUAGGGUAAUUUACACCCCACACUAGGGUAGGUUACACCCCACACUAGGGUAAUUUACCCCCCACACUAGGGUAGGUUACACCCCACACUAGGGUAAUUUACCCCCCACACUAGGGUAGGUUACACCCCACACUAGGGUAGGUUACACCCCCCACACUAGGGUAAUUUACCCCCCACACUAGGGUAGGUUACACCCCACACUAGGGUAGGUUACAUCCCACACUAGGGUAGGUUACACCCCACACUAGGGUAAUUUACCCCCCACACUAGGGUAGGUUACCCCCCACACUAGGGUAGGUUACACCCCACACUAGGGUAAUUUACCCCCACACUAGGGUAGGUUACACCCCACACUAGGGUAAUUUACCCCCCACACUAGGGUAAUUUACCCCCCACACUAGGGUAGGUUACACCCCACACUAGGGUAGGUUACACCCCACACUAGGGUAGGUUACACCCCACACUAGGGUAAUUUACACCCCACACUAGGGUAAUUUACCCCCACACUAGGGUAGGUUACCCCCACACUAGGGUAAUUUACCCCCCACACUAGGGUAGGUUACCCCCACACUAGGGUAGGUUACCCCCACACUAGGGUAAUUUACCCCCACACUAGGGUAGUUACACCCCCACACUAGGGUAGUACACCCCACCACUAGGGUAGGUUACACCCCACACUAGGUAGGUUACACCCCACACUAGGGUAGGUUACACCCCACACUAGGGGUGGUUACAUCCCCACACUAGGUAAUUUACCCCCAACACUUAGGUAGGUUACACCCCACACUAGGUAAUUUACCCACACUAGGUAGUACCCCCCACACUAGGGUAGGUUACCCCCCACACUUAGGGUAGGUUACCCCCCACACAGGGUAGGUUACACCCACUAGGGUAGGUUACACCCCACACUAGUGUAGGUUACCCCCCACACUAGGGAGGUUACCCCCCCACACUAGGGUAGGUGACCCCCCACACUAGGGUAGGUUCCCCCACCCUAGGUAAUUACCCCCCACACUAGGGUAGGUUACCCACCCCCAUAGGGUAGGGUACACCCCACACUAGGGUAGGUUACACCCCACACUAGGGUAAUUUACACCCCACACUAGGGUAAUUUACCCCCCACAUUAGUGUGCUGCCUUUAAUUGCUUUAAAGUCACUGAGUUGGAAAUAUUUGUCCCCUAAACAGCUGGAAUCUGCUAUUGAUUAGUGUUAAUGCCUCCCACACAAUUUCUCUCUCUCUCUCUCUCACACACACACACACACACACACACACACACACACACGUACUUGAUCCAUAAUGAUGCUAAAACCCAACCCCAUCUUUCCCUCCCUCUGUAGUGUACCAGAGGAGUAUGGAGGUCGUAGGAGCCUGGAGCAUGUCGAGUCCUUACAGGAGAAUCCCGUCAACCCACGCCAGGUUCUGAUUGGCUACGGGCGAGGCGUCAUGGUCAUCUGGGACAUGGAGCGCCAGUCAGCAGUCAAACACAUCCCCGCUACACAGGUACAAUGUGGGUCUGUGUCUCUGUGUUGGUGUCUGGAUCUCCAGGGCUCUGGUCUUGACUCCCUGUUUGACUCUGCGUCUAUAGCAACUGGAGAGCGUGUGGUGGACGGAGGACGGUGACCAUGUUCUCAGUUCCCAUAGCGACGGCAGCUACUGCCGCUGGACAGUGGCCGGGGAGGGGACACAGAGCGAACAGGAGAAGUCCGAAGUACCGUACGGUGAGGAAGCAUCACAAGUCAAAGUCCUGUUCCUCUCUGUUGAACCUCACAGAACACAGUGACAGGGAUGAUGACGUUAUUGAUUGAAUGCUGAAUGGGUACGUUGAUUCUCCAUCAAUUGAUUUGACGGUUUGUCUCUCCUGUGCAGGCCACUUCCCCUGUAAGGCCAUCUCUAAAAUCAUCCAGCUCCCUACAAAACAAGGGUGAGUGAGUUUCUUUCCUUCCUCGUGCUCACUCCCUGUGCCUGCUGGAUCGACCCAAAUGAUUAUUUCCCCAACAGAUUUCACGUCCCCCAUUGUUCUACAUGAAUCCAACUGUAAAUAUCUUCUAAUCUGGUUCUGUCUUCUCCCUGUGUGUGUGUGUGUGUCCAGGCCUCCCUUCCUGUUGUUCAGUGGCGGCAUGCCCAGGGCCAGCUACGGAGACAGACACUGUAUCAGUGUGAUCCACAGUAAAACACACGUGGCUCUGGACUUCACCUCCAGAAUCAUCGACUUCUUCGUCAUCAGAGACGGACCAGAUCACACAGGUAGAAAGGCAGGGGGCUACACACACACACACACUGACCACCAACACAGCCAGCCUAAUCCCUCUCCCUCUGUCCAGGCGACCCCAGUGCGCUGGUCGUGCUAGUGGAAGAGGAGCUGGUAGUGAUCGAUCUCCAGACUGAAGGGUGGCCAGUCAUCCAGACUCCGUACCUGGUGCCUCUCCACUGCUCUGCCAUCACCUGCUCCCACCAUGUCUCUGCUAUACCCCUAAAGCUGUGGGAGAAGGUCCUGUCUGCAGGGGCACUGCAGAACACACACUACUCUAAGAAGGUAGGUGACACACUGCUCAAGCAAGUUCCUGCACCACACAUACAUGCACCCAUGCAAACACCUGAGCAGGAAGUCGGUCUGAAUUGAUGGAGCUCAAAUUGAUUGACCUAAAUCCUCUCUCUUACAUGUUCUCUCAUCCUCUGUCUCCCCCUGUCUCCUCUGUCUCCCUCUGUCUCCCCCUGUCUCCCUCUGUCUCCCCCUGUCUCCCCCUGUCUCCCCCUGUCUCCCUCCGUCCAGCCGUGGCCUAUAACAGGAGGACAGAACCUGUCGCCAGACGCUCCUCAGAGAGACCUACUUCUCACAGGGUCAGUGGACAUUCACCGCUCAUUAGUUUCAUUUCAAUACAAGUUAGGAUCUAUGUUAAAUGUUGCUAUGUGGAGACCGUGAACAGGGUUCCAAAGAGUUAAAGUAAUGUUGCUAUGUGGAGACCGUGAACAGGGUUUCAAAGACUUAAAGUAAUGUUGCUAUGUGGAGACCGUGAACAGGGUUCCAAAGAGUUAAAGUAAUGUUGCUAUGUGGAGACCGUGAACAGGGUUUCAAAGAGUUAAAGUAAUGUUGCUAUGUGGAGACCGUGAACAGGGUUUCAAAGACUUAAAGUAAUGUUGCUAUGUGGAGACCGUGAACAGGGUUUCAAAGACUUAAAGUAAUGUUGCUAUGUGGAGACCGUGAACAGGGUUCCAAAGAGUUAAAGUAAUGUUGCUAUGGAGACCGUGAACAGGGUUUCAAAGAGUUAAAGUAAUGUUGCUAUGUGGAGACCGUGAACAGGGUUUCAAAGACUUAAAGUAAUGUUGCUAUGUGGAGACAGUGAACAGGGUUCCAAAGAGUUAAAGUAAUGUUGCUAUGGAGACCGUGAACAGGGUUCCAAAGAGUUAAAGUAAUGUUGCUAUGGAGGCCGUGAACAGGGUUUCAAAGACUUAAAGUAAUGUUGCUAUGUGGAGACCGUGAACAGGGUUCCAAAGAGUUAAAGUAAUGUUGCUAUGUGGAGACCGUGAACAGGGUUCCAAAGAGUUAAAGUAAUGUUGCUAUGGAGACCGUGAACAGGGUUUCAAAGAGUUAAAGUAAUGUUGCUAUAUGGAGACCGUGAACAGGGUUUCAAAGAGUUAAAGUAAUGUUGCUAUGGAGACCGUGAACAGGGUUCCAAAGAGUUAAAGUAAUGUUGCUAUGGAGACCGUGAACAGGGUUUCAAAGACUUAAAGUAAUGUUGCUAUGUGGAGACCGUGAACAGGGUUCCAAAGAGUUAAAGUAAUGUUGCUAUGUGGAGACCGUGAACAGGGUUCCAAAGAGUUAAAGUAAUGUUGCUAUGUGGAGACCGUGAACAGGGUUCCAAAGAGUUAAAGUAAUGUUGCUAUGUGGAGACCGUGAACAGGGUUCCAAAGAGUUAAAGUAAUGUUGCUAUGUGGAGACCGUGAACAGGGUUCCAAAGAGUUAAAGUAAUGUUGCUAUGUGGAGACCGUGAACAGGGUUCCAAAGAGUUAAAGUAAUGUUGCUAUGUGGAGACCGUGAACAGGGUUCCAAAGAGUUAAAGUAAUGUUGCUGUGGAGACCGUGAACAGGGUUCCAAAGAGUUAAAGUAAUGUUGCUAUGUGGAGACCGUGAACAGGGUUUCAAAGAGUUAAAGUAAUGUUGCUAUGGAGACCGUGAACAGGGUUCCAAAGAGUUAAAGUAAUGUGUUGUUUCUCUGCUUGUUAAUCCUCACAAACCUGUCUUCAUCUUCCUUCCCCCUCUCACAGGCAUGAGGACGGUACGGUGCGUUUCUGGGAUGCGUCGGGCGUCUGUCUGUACCCCAUGUAUAAGCUGAGCACGGCAGGGGUGUUCCACACUGAUGCAGACCCCAAUGACAACAUGAACCAGGGCGCAGAGGGAGAGUGGCCACCUUUCAGAAAGGUAGGUGUGUGUGUGUGUGUGUGUAUAAAUGAGUUACCACCAUUCUGAUGUUUGUAUAAUAACAUCCAUGAACCACAAAGGUAUAGAGGUGUCCCUGUGUAUGUAGUGACUCUGAAUAAAUAACAUGUCCCUCUCUCCACUUCUCCCCCCAGGUGGGAUGUUUUGACCCGUACAGUGACGACCCUCGUCUGGGCGUUCAGAAGAUCCACCUGUGUAAAUACAGCGGCUACCUGACUGUAGCUGGCACUGCUGGACAGGUGAGUUGACCAGGGGAAACCAACCACUACUCCCUCUGGUGGCCAGUUUGCCAAAGUGCAGCGUCAGACAUUUUUGGACAUUACUGGUAUAAAACCAGCCUGUUUUUUUUUUGUUUUUUUGUCUUUAUUUACGACAAUCUUUGGCACCAGGUCGUGAUUCCCCAUGGCAAUCUUUUCCUGAGGUUAUUUGGGUCACGGACAGUCACACAUUCAGUGAACGACCCAUUUUCCAGACCCAUGCUGUAUAACUCUCCUAUAGUCAUUAGAUAAUGUAGUGUGAUAAAUAAGCCACUUCUUUAAUCAGAAAAUGUGGAAAUGAAACUGAUCUCUCCUCCUUUAUAGAGCACUGGAUCAUCAGGGGGAAGGCUAUUCUAUUCUGAUCUGUCAUUAACAAAAGAACAGGGGGGGGGGGGGUCUGAGUUAGUUGACCAGCACAGGGGUGCACACACUGACAGAGAAAGGUGAACGUCUGACUGAGUGUUAGAAAACCACUCCCACACCUGUUACUGCCUGUCUGACCUCUGCCUGACCUCUCCCUCCAUAGAUCCUGGUGUUGGAGCUGAAUGACGAGGCAGCAGAACAGACGGUGGAAGCCUCAGUAGCUGACCUUUUACAGGGCCAGGAGGGCUUCCGCUGGAAGGUAAACCACAUGACGUUAUACAAAUGUAGAUACUGCAAUGCAAUUUUGAUUUCAUUGGAUUUCAGUGAGUUUAAAGAUGAUGAGUGAUCAAUACGUUUUAUGUUUUGGCAACAUACUGUAACAUACUAUAACGUUUUGGUAACAUUCUAUAACAUUUCGUUAACGUUCUAUAACGUUUGUGUAACCAUCUCUUCCUAUCAGGGCCACACGCGUCUGGUGGUGAAGGAGGAUCCGGUGACGUUCCCCCCAGGUUUCCAGCCCUUUGCCCUGAUCCAGUGUCAGCCUCCGGCCGUGGUCACUGCCCUCACCCUGCACUCUGAGUGGAAACUAGUGACCUUCGGCACCAGCCACGGCUUCGGACUCUACGACUACCAGCAGAAAAACAACGUCCUCGUCAGGUAAGAGUGUGUUUCUGCAUCUUUCUGCCUGUAUGACUUCAAAAUAAUGGCCGGUAGCGGAGAUGGGAUUUAGACUACUGUGUGUGUUAACCCUGUCCCUGCUUUAGGUGUACCCUAAACCCCAGUGACCAGCUGGCUAUGGAAGGUCCUCUAUCCAGAGUAAAGAGCAUUAAGAAGUCUCUCCGCCAGUCCUUCAGAAGGAUCAGACGCAGCCGAGUGUCUUUACGCAAACACCACGUCAACAGUGCAGCUAAGGUAAACAACAACCAAACAUUUUUUUUUAAAAUUUUAAACAUGACUGCAUGAAUCCUUAUUGAACCAAGUCCCUGAAGAUCACAGUUGUUGAAGACCAGGAAGUGUGUCUCAAACAGACUCCUCUCUCUCCGUGUGCCUCUAGGUGCAGGAGGCCAAUGCUCGUCUGGAGGCCGAGCUAGCAGAAAUGGAGUUAGCUCCUGUUCAGAGAAAGAUCGAGCCUCGAUCCCCAGACGACUCCUUCACCGGCCUCGUACGCACGCUCUACUUCGCUGACACUUUCCUCUCAGACAGUAGGUCUCUCUCUCUCACACAGACGCUGGGCUAGUUAAUAUUUGUGAUGACUCGUAUUGCUCAUGCCUCUUUUGUCCUAUAGGCUCCCACAACACGCCCUCUCUGUGGGCAGGGACCAAUGGGGGCUCAGUAUUCGCCUACCAGCUCCGCCUACCGCCUGCGGAACGCAGAGCAGAGGACCCCGUCACCGCCCACCCUGGUGAGAACACACAGACGUCCUUACACAUCUCUCUCCCUCGUGCCUCCAUUGACCCUCUCCUCUCGUCCAUCUCUCUAAAGAAGUCAGUGAAAGCAAACACCAAAACGUACCUUGUCUCGCUCUCUCUCUCUCUCUCUCCAGCUAAGGAGAUCCAGUUGAUGCACCGCGCUCCAGUAGUGGGCAUCGUGGUGUUGGACGGCCACGGUUCCCCUCUGCCUGAGCCCCUGGAGGUGGCACACGACCUGGCCCGCUCACCUGACAUGCAGGGUUCACACCAGCUACUGGUGAUAUCAGAGGAACAGUUUAAGGUGAGAACACUCACACACCCUACCCCACUCACACCAAACGACCCCACCGCACACACCUGACCCCACGGCACCACACCCGACCCCACGCCACACACCAGACGCACACACCACACACCCGACGCUGCACACACCCAACACCAGACGCACACACACACCGACGCACCACACACCCACUCACAACACACCAAACCAGAAGCACACACACCACACCAGAGCACACACACCCCGACCCCACACACACACACACGAGACCACACACAAUCACACACACCGACACACACACACACACACCCGACGCACACACACACACCCGUACGCAAACCGACGCACACACACCACAAACCGACGCCCCACACACACCACACACGACACAACACCCGACCCCAGCACACACACAGCCCUACCCACACACCCGACCCACCACACACACACCCUACCCCACACACACACCACCACGCACACACACACACACACACCCGACGACACACACAACACCACACACGACCACAACACACACACACACCCACACACACACCACGACCCCACACACACACCCGACCCAACACACCACACACAACCCGACCCCACACACACCGACCCAACACACACACACACACAACCCGACCCCACACACGCACACACACAACCCGACCCCACCACCACGCACGCACCACACCCACCCGACCCCACCACGCACCAACGCACGCACACGCACACCCGACCCCACCACGCACGCACGCACGCACGACGCACACACACACACCACACACACACACCACACACACACCCACACACACAACACACCCGACCACCCACCACACACACACACACAACACACACACACACACACACACACACACACACACACACACACACCCUACCCCACACACACAACCCGUACCCACUCACACACAACAUAAUACAACUCACUCAACAACCUAACUACACCGCACUCACACACCCUAACCCCACUCACUCACACACACUCACACCCUACCCCACUCACACACACCCUACUCCACUCACUCACACACCCUACUCCACUCACUCACACACCCUACCCCACUCACUCACACCCUACCCCACUCACUCACACCCUACCCCACUCACUCACUCACACCCUACCCCACUCACUCACACACACUCACACCCUACCCCACUCACACUUUAUUUGGCCACAGGUUGAUAAAGAAACACAGAAUAUGUUUUGUCCUCCAAGACUUAAAUGAAUAAUUUAAUGUUUGUCUCUGUCUCCAGGUGUUCACCCUGCCGAAGGUGAGCGCUAAGAUGAAGUUGAAGCUCACCGCCAUCGACGGCUCUCGCGUGCGCCGGGUGGGCGUGGCCUGGUUCGGCAGCAGCCGCUCGGAGGACUACGGUGAGAGCGGCCUCACCGUCCUGACCAAUCAGGGAGACCUCCACGUGGUGUCGUUGCCCGGGGUGAAAUUGCAGGUCCAGUACCCCUGUAUCCGCAGAGAGGACGUGAGCGGCAUCGCAUCCUGUGUCUUCACCAAGCACGGACAGGGUAGGGCCGGAGAGCGUGACACGCACAUUUGACCUCACACAAGCAUUUUCCAUUUCAUGUGUACAGCUUUCCUUCCUCCCUCGCUCCUGUCGUCUUUCUCCUCUUCAGGUUUCUACCUGAUCUCUCCGUCUGAGUUUGAGCGUUUCUCUCUGUCCGCUCGCUGUGUGGUGGAGCCCCGCUCCCUUGUGGAGGUGCCCUCCCAGACACCCUGCACCACCCUGCCUCGGGCACAGCCUGACGGGGCCUCUGUGGAGCACAGGUACUCCCACCGUUUCUCUUUAGUGGGAUUUCACUAUCGACAGAUUUUUUUUUGACUUAAUUGUAACUUUUCACAUUUUACAUAACUUUUUUUUCUCAUUCCAGAAAUUCUACGAGGGACACCGACGACGUGGGUAAGAUCACACGCCGUUGGUGCUACUUUAAACAACUAGAGUAUAAUCCUAUAGUUAUGUCACUAGUACUGAAACGUGCAUGCGUCUAUGCCUAACUGAGUACUUCAGCAAGCGCUUACAGUCUCUGUUAGGCUGUCAGCCUGUUUGCUUGUUGAUCAGCUUGCUGCCUGUGUUUUUAAGAGGAUAGUUUGUUCUCACUGCGUCCUGCGAUGCGGUUUGUUUUCAGAGCGCUCUGCUAGACGUGUGAUGGAGCAUGCUUUGCUGAAUGACGAGAGUGAGUAACCAGCAGAACUUAACCGUAACCAACAGCAACGUUUUUAGUAUGUGAACCCUGCGGGGUUGCUCGCGCCGUGCUUUCGCCAGCUGAGCCACGUUGAAGUGUGUACUUUGACUGUCCUGUUGGCAUCCAGUACACCUGACUAUCAGCUCUAUCUGCUACAUAGGAAUCCAUAACCAUACCAUUGCAUGUUUCAUCGUGACCAACUUAAUUCAUGGCAACUGUCAAUCAUCAUUGUGUGUCUGUGGUCUGACGUGUUUGUUCUUCACAGCUGUGCUUCAGGAGAUCCAGAAAUCUCUAGAAGGAUACCCGCCGUGAGUAUUCGUCCCUGAAGCCAAGUGACAUUUGAGUCAUUUAGCAGACGCUCUUAUCCAGAGCGAUUUACAGGAGCAAUUAGGGUUAAGUGCCUUGCUCAAGGGCACAGACAGAUUUUUCACCUGGUCAGCUCGGGCUUUCGAAUCAGCAACCUUUUGGUUACUGGCCCAAUGCUGUUAACUCUUAACAUGCCAAUGUGUUUUGUUGGUACUAAUUUGUGUUUGAUACAGGGCAUUCCUGGAGAACAACGUGAAGAGUGCUCUCGCUGGAGGCAAGGUGCUGUCCAAUGGAGGUGAGUUGGAUAUGAUCAGUGCAGACCUGGCUUCAAAUACAUGUGUAUUUGAGUAUCUGGUAUUUCAAAUACUUUUUCUGUGUGAGUAUUUUCGAAUACACAGCCCAAAACGAGUACUUUUACUUUGAGUAUUUGAAUGGUUAUUUGUAAAAACCAAAUAGUCUACCAAAUAGUAUUUUCAAGUACUUAUUUCAAAUACUAUACUGAACAAAAAUAUUAACGCAACAUUCAACGUGUUUACUGAGUUACACUUCAUAUGAAAUCAGUCAAUUAAAAUAAAUUCAUUCAUCUAUGGAUUUCACAUGACUGGACAGGGGCGCAGCCAUGGGGAGGAGACAUAUAUUUUUUUGCCUGCGCCAAAGGCAUCUAUAUCAGUCCGCUAAUACAGGACUAGUAAAAGCCCAGUGCACUACUUUAGUGAUCAUUUUGUAUGAAUGUUUUAUAUAUAUAUUUUUUAAAACUGUGAGUCUGUCCCUGCGGCUUCACUGUGACAGACCCACUAGGAUGACACCAGGGCAUUUAAACGAAUGUAGCCAGACUACGUCAACAUAACUAAGCAUCUGACCAAAUUAUGCAAGCUUUUAGUUCUGGGUUAACUGAGAUGAAUGAAAACGUGACCAGAGAUCACAUAAAGCCACAAUACCAAUGCCACUCAGCAGAAAGGAAGACCACAUAAUUUCAUCACAUAACACCUAUAACUAUACUGAACAAAAAUAUAAACAUCCAACAUCCAACAAUUUCUAGGUUUUACUGAGUUUCAGUUCAUAUAAGGAAAUCAGUUAGUUGAAAUAAAUUAAUUAGGCCCUAAUCUAUGGAUUUCACAUGACUGGGCAGAGGUGCAGCCAUGGGUGGGUCUGGGAGGGCAUAGGCCCACCCACUUGGGUGCCAGGCCCAGCCAAUCAGAAUGAGUUUUUCCCCACAAAGGGGCGUUAUUACAGAGUGAAAUAAUCCUCAGUUUUAUCAGCUGUCCGGGUGGCUGGUCUCAGACGAUCCCGCAGGUGAAGAAGCCGGAUGUGGAGGUCCUGGGCUGGUGUGGUUACACGUGGUCUGCGGUUGUGAGGCCGGUUGGACGUACUGCCAAAUUCUCUAAAACAACGUUGGAGGCUGCUUAUGGUAGAUAAAUUAACAUUAGGGUAGAGAAAUUAUCUGGCAACAUCUCUGGUGGACAUUCCUGCAGUCAGCCUGCCAAUUGCACGCUCCCUCAACUUGAAACAUCUGUGGCAUUGCAUUUUGUGACAAAACUGCACAUUUUAGUGUGUGCUUUUAUUGUCCCAGCACAAGGUGCACCUGUGUAAUGAUCAUGCCGUUUAAUCAGCUUCUUGAUAUGCCACACCUGUCAGGUUGAUGGAUUAUCUUGGCAAUGGAGAAAUGCUCACUAACAGGAAUGUGAACAAAUACGUUUUUUGUGCAGAUGGAACAUUUCUGGGAUCUUUUAUUUCAGCUCAUGAAACAUGGAACCAACACUUUAGAUGUUGCAUUUAUAUUUUUGUUUAGUAUUUUUUUUAAAUACAAUUUAAAAUACCUAGCUUAAAUGCAUGAGUGUACUGUAUUUUAGUCAGUAUAUUUUAGUUUUUUCAAAAACUUUCCAAGUGUGUUUCCAAAAACAUUAAAAAUAUUCAGCCACUGAAUAUCUAUUUUGAAUGUAUGUGAAAGUAACUAAGAUAUUUGAAAUGGUAUUUGAACCCAGGUCUGAAAUGGUAUUUGAACCCAGGUCUGAAAUGGUAUUUGAACCCAGGUCUGGAUCAGUAUUAGUCUAGAGGAGUAUGAUGAGUAUCACAAUGGUGAUGAUGAUUACUAUGGCGAUGGCAUUGAGGUUGUUCAUUUGUUUUGCUCAUCUCUUGUUCUCUCUCUCGCUCUCUGCCUCGCUCUCUCUCUGCCUCUCUGCCUCUCUCUCUCUCUCUGCCUCUCUCUCUCUCUGCCUCUCUCUCUCUCUGCCUCUCUCUCUCUCUGCCUCUCUCUCUCUCUCUGCCUCUCUCUCUCUCUCUGCCUCUCUCUCUCUCUGCCUCUCUGCCGCUCUCUCUCUCUGCCUCUCUCUCCCUCUCUGCCUCUCUCUCUGCCUCUCUCUCUCUCUGCCUCUCUCUCUCUCUGCCUCUCUCUCUCUCUGCCUCUCUCGCUCUCAGACUGAGCCAGCCUCUCCUGGGCAUGAUCGUGGAGUCUGCCUAGCGACUCCUGCCUAGCAAACUACGCCAACACUACUACUGCCACUACUGACCCCUGAACCAUGACCCCUAGCCCCCAGAGACUCACCCCUGACCCCUAGCCUGAGAGGCUGAACCCCAAAUGGCACUGUAUUCCCCAAGUAGUGCACUGCUUUUGAGCAAAGCCCAUAUAGGGUGAGUGGUGUAGUGUAUGAGGACUAGGGUGUGAUCUGAGACUAGCCCAUAUAGAGAGGAGAGAGAUGGAGAGGGGGACCACCGGCUGUGCCUAAAGACCAACCACUUUACUGUGAUACCCUCCUACACUCAGUACCUCUACACCUGCCACACGGUGGUAAUGAUAAUAUGGUCAUUCCGCUGACGCGCUUAUCCAAAGCCACUUAGUUAACACACACAUUCACACACAAGCCAUAAUUGCAUUUAAAACACCCUACUCACUCACCCACCCACUCUCUCCUCACCCCGACCCCAGUCACGGCCUUCCGACCUUCAGCCUUUCGCCAUUGAACCCAAGCGGACCUGUGGAACUCUGGUUCGUCCAAUCCCAACCUUGCCUCAGCACAUCCUCGCUUGCCUUCGUCUCUUAGAGAGAGACACGGGGGAGAGGGGGAGGAGGGACGGACGGACGGACAUGUUUUUAUUCCUGUUUUAUUAGUAAUUUAAUUUUAAUGUGAUUUUGUAUUGUUUUGAUUUGAUCUACAAUCUAGAUGGAUGGAUGGGGAGGGGGGGGAACUGUACAAGGAAAACAAGAAUGUUAAAAAAAAAAGUGACCUGUUUUGACGUAGUAGUUUGUUUGCUGAUGCUGACAAGACAUUGUUUGGUGUGAGAGAGCGAGAGCAACACAUGAGUAUCUGUGGAAUCACAACAGUUCAUUUUAAACCACACCUGAUACUAGAACAACAGUCUGGUAGCUAGAGCAGAAACCAUAUCCACACCUGAUACUAGAACAACAGUCUGUUCUAGGAUCAGUUUAGCCUUUUUAUGUCUGGAAGAUUAUAUGGACAGGUCCUGGAUCAGCGCUCCUUGUGUAAUAUGGACAGGUCCUGGAUCAGCGCUCCUUGUGUAUACAGGCUCCGUUCUUGCUUUUGCCAACUCAGAAACAGAUCUGCCUACCAGACUAGUCAUAUAAGACCACUGUGCCGUAAAUGUCUCCCCAAGCGUUUUUAUGCCAACUGACCUGCCCCUACCGUCCGCUCGUUAACGUGUAAUAACCAGUUAUAAGUUAUAACCUGUCGUAGGUACUUGUCCACUACUGUGUAGCAUACCAUGUUGUACUUUCUAGGGGAACAACUUUCUAUGGGGGUUUUAAAUUUUUAUCAUGUAAACGUCCUUUUUUUUCAACACCGCAAUGAAUAAUGUAAUUUAGGAAUGUAAUAUUAAGAUAUUGUAGUCAAAUGUUUAAUAUAUAUGUGCUAUAUGAUGAUUCUAGGCCUGUUAACGGUUGGGUCUGUUUUAUUAAUGGGGGUUGUCUGCAAUAGUCAGAUCUUACAAGGAAAUAUUUUGGUACUGUUUCUCAAAAUGCUGGGUAUUUUAGCAUUUUAGUGGUCUGCUCUAGAAUAUAUUUUUGUAGUGAAUGGUUGAGUAUGAGAACCCUAAUUUUUGAAUCUAACUUUCACACUACAAUGUCCUGCUGGAAAAUGAAUACAUGUUUUU